CCAAGUUUCCUUCCACUACCGAAAGCUAAAUAAGACAGCUUAAUUGACUGAGGAUUUUUCCUGAUAUCUUUUUUUUUCUCAAGUCAUAAAAUAAAAUGUCUUUGUUGCCAUCCUAAACCAGCCCAGCUUCUUUGAUUCUUUCCCUAUGAUUUGAGGGACAUUUUUGGAUCCCCAUCAAGAAAGAAGCUAGAACAAUAUAUAUGAAUCCUAUGAUUUUCCUUUCAAGCCGCCUUGCUCCCAUAACAACCAAACCCUUUAUUCCUUUCCUUAUGCAAAAUUUUCUUUAGAAAUUCUUUUCUGUUUUCCUUCCUUGAUCCAUUUUCAAAGAAAAUGCAACGCUCAAGCCUUAGAAAGAAACUCCAGCCUGCAAAGAAGGCAUGGAAACGCUUACGCAAGACAGUUGAGUCGAAACUCAAUAGCUUCAACUUCUCUAAAGCAAUCAAUGUCAUCAAGAACAACUCCAACCGUAUCCUAUCUUAUUGCAGUCUCCAUUUUUUUCGUUUUUUCAAGAAACGUUCCAUAACAAGAAGGCCUACGUAUUUUAGUCACCAUUAUAAUUUCUAUGGCAGCAAAAAACAGCUCAUUGAUAAAAACUUCUCGCCCAUAUACAUAGACCAGCUCUAUUCUAUGGAGGCAGAGUCGUCACUGCAGGCUAAGAAAAUCGUUGCAUACGCAGAAACAAGUAGCAGUAGUAGUACUAGUAGAAGAGGAAAACAAGUUGCUGAUGAUGAGAGGGCAUCGCCAAGAAAAGAAGACAAGGCAAAGGAGAAAGAGAAGGAGAAGGUGUUGUAUAGCAUCGAAGAUGCUUGGAGGGAGGUUGUUGCUAAAUCUCCGCAAUUGCGACCAGUUGAUGAUAGAGCUGAAGAAUUUAUAUCCAACUUUCGCCAGGAUAUAAAGAUUCAGAAAGAGAAAUCAAUUGUUGAAUUUGAAGAGAUGCUGGCUAGAGGUACCUAGCUAAGAUAUAAAGUUCAUCUCAUUUUCUUUUUCUUUUCAUCAGUUGUCAAUAUACAUAAUAUGGGUGUGAAUUAACAAAAGAGUAUGAUGGUGAGAAUUAGGAGUUGCAGAUUUCAGUGAGGGUCUUCUUUUCUGUUCUCUGCUUUUUUACAAGAUGAAGCGAAGGCCAUUCUUUUUAUUUAUCUAUUUUGUGUCUUCUUUAACAUAAAAAUUGAAGGUGUGGCUAUGUAAAGAGACAUUGUGUGAGAUUGAUUUGUAUUCCUCUGAGUUAUAGAAUUAUGAUCUAUUCAUAUA